AUGGUUGACAGCAUUAAGUACGAAGUGGCCUCCCAGAAUGAGGUGGAUGCUUCCCCUUUGGGCAAUGGGGCCAGUCCAGGAUCUGAGCAAGUAAAGCUGAAGAAAGAGAUCUCGCUGCUUAAUGGCGUGUGCCUGAUUGUGGGGAACAUGAUCGGCUCAGGCAUCUUUGUCUCUCCCAAGGGCGUGCUUAUGUACAGUGCCUCCUUUGGCCUCUCCCUGGUCAUCUGGGCUGUUGGGGGUCUUUUCUCUGUCUUUGGUGCUCUUUGUUAUGCGGAAUUGGGCACCACCAUUAAGAAAUCUGGGGCCAGCUAUGCCUACAUCCUGGAGGCCUUUGGGGGACUCCUUGCCUUCAUUCGACUCUGGACCUCCCUGCUGAUCAUCGAGCCUACCAGCCAGGCCAUCAUCGCCAUCACCUUUGCCAACUACAUGGUGCAGCCCUUCUUCCCAAGCUGCUUUGCUCCCUAUGCUGCUGGCCGCCUGCUGGCUGCUGCCUGCAUCUGUCUCUUAACCUUCAUUAACUGUGCCUAUGUCAAAUGGGGAACGCUGGUGCAAGAUAUUUUCACCUAUGCCAAAGUGUUAGCACUGAUCGCAGUCAUCAUCGCAGGCAUUGUUAGACUUGGCCAGGGAGUCUCGACUCACUUUGAGAAUUCCUUUGAAGGCUCAUCAUUUGCAAUGGGUGACAUUGCUCUGGCUCUGUACUCUGCUCUAUUCUCCUACUCAGGCUGGGACACCCUCAACUAUGUCACUGAAGAAAUCAAGAAUCCUGAGAGGAACCUACCUCUCUCCAUUGGCAUCUCCAUGCCCAUCGUCACCUUCAUCUACAUCUUGACCAAUGUAGCCUAUUACACCGUGCUAGACAUGAGGGACAUCUUGGCCAGUGAUGCUGUUGCUGUGACUUUUGCAGACCAGAUUUUUGGAAUAUUCAACUGGACAAUUCCACUGGCAGUUGCAUUAUCCUGCUUUGGUGGCCUCAAUGCUUCCAUUGUUGCUGCUUCUAGGCUUUUCUUUGUGGGCUCAAGAGAAGGCCAUCUCCCUGAUGCUAUCUGCAUGAUUCAUGUUGAACGGUUCACGCCAGUGCCUUCUCUGCUCUUCAAUGGUAUCAUGGCACUGAUCUACUUGUGUGUGGAGGACAUCUUCCAGCUCAUUAACUACUACAGCUUCAGCUACUGGUUCUUUGUGGGGCUCUCUAUUAUGGGUCAGCUUUACCUGCGCUGGAAGGAGCCUGACCGAUCUCGUCCCCUCAAGCUUAGCCUUUUCUUCCCCAUUGUCUUCUGCCUCUGCACCAUCUUCCUGGUGGCUGUUCCGCUUUAUAGUGAUACCAUCAACUCCCUCAUUGGCAUUGGCAUUGCUCUCUCAGGCUUGCCCUUUUACUUCCUCAUCAUCAGAGUGCCAGAACACAAACGACCUCUUUGCCUCCGAAGAAUUGUGGCAUCCACUACGUGGUACCUCCAGGUUGUAUGUAUGUCAGUUGCUGCAGAAAUGGAUUUGGAAGAUGGAGGAGAGAUGCCCAAACAACAAGAUCCCAAGUCUAACUAAAUACCACCUGGAAUCCUGAGUUGUGGAAAGCAGGGGCCUCUUGUAUCCUACUGGCUGGAGCCAAUGAAGUCGAAAAGGAAAGCUCACUUCUUUGAGGGUACCUGUCUAGAAAUAUGGUCUAGGCAGCUUCAACCUUUGAACUUGUUUUUUGAGAGGUGAAAAGUAAUUUAUUUGUUUUGUUACAUGUUCCAGAUUUUUUUUUGGCAGCUGGCUGGUACAGGAAUCUGAACCCUUAGACCUUGGUGUUACAAGGUGGUGCUCUAACUGAGCUAACUGGCCAGCCCCUGUUCCAGAUUUUUUAAAGGGAUGAUAAAGCAGACUGUGGUGGGGGGAGCAUGUUGGGUAUGGGCUUGGUUGU